AUGAAUUUGUACCCACUUAUUGACAUGAGAUCAAAUUAUCUUAAUAAAAGUGAUAGUCAUUAUAAUGUGAUAGCCGUGGAUUGGGGAAAAUUUGCCACGGGUUGUUUUCUACGGGCGUUGCAAAGUGCUAAGAAAGUUGGCUACCGAUUGGCCCAACUGAUCCAGGACUUGGUGCACUAUGGCGCUGAAGAUAUUCACGUAAUUGGGUUCAGUUUGGGAGCUCACAUUCCAGCCUUUGCUGCUAAUUCAUUGAAACCGUACAAAAUACCACGAAUUACUGGGCUGGAUCCCGCGUUGCUCUACCUUGACUUUGAAAUGGACGAUAAAUUGGACGCGGGUGACGCCGAAUUCGUGGAUGUUUAUCAUACAGAUAUUUUUCACCAAGGCAAAAAAGAUCAAUGCGGUCAUGCUGAUUUUUACAUGAACGGUGGCAAGAAUCAGCCAGGAUGCAUCUCUGAAAGCAAACAUAGUUGUAAUCAUUUGAGAGCCGCAAUUUAUUUUGCGGAGUCUAUCAAUUCAGAAAUUGGUUUCUGGGGCUAUUCGUGCUUUAGUUACAGCGCUUAUAUUUUUGGUAGAUGUAAAUCUAUUCCGCCAACUGUACUUUCCGGUGAUAGAGUUUUUAAAAAUGCUUCUGGGUUUUAUAUUGUUGUUACUAAUGCUCAAAAACCUUUUGCCAAAGGUCAUCUUCUUUGA